AAUUUUGAGUGGAAACGACCUUGCUUUUUAUAAGAUAUAGGCGAACGAGGUAUCUAUGAAUUUCCACGAUCGUGGUUUAUCGAUCUGAUAAGAGCGACCAAUUAAAAGCACCCUGUGAACACGAUAAAAGGAUAGACCGGUGUCCAGUAUGAAUAGGGUAUAGCGAGUUGAAAUCUAAAUGAGUUUGAUCGCGACCAUCGCAGUGCUUCGUAGAAACAAGAUUUUAAAAAUAGAACAAAAGAAAUUAGUCUAAAAAAUAUAAUAACAAUAAUAAAAAUAUUAAUAUUAAAAUGACGUGUUUGUGAAUCGGAGAAAUAUUUAUUGUGUAAUGACAGUGAGUUUGAUUGGUGUCAUCAAUUAAUAAAACACACCUACAUGUUCAAUGUUGUCGGGUUUAAAAAUGGGAAACGCUAAAUCGAAAAAUAAAUUUAGAAGUGAUCGAGUCAAUGGUCGUAAGUAUGGUGGUAAAGCACCAGACGGCAUCGGAUCGUCGAGACCCAGCUUUUUGCCGGAGUUCAUUGAUUCGUGCGACGAAGAGUUGAUGAUCCUCAGAAGAACCAUGUAUAAUAAUCCAACAAUUUUCAUACUCAAUAAUCUCAUGCUGUGCGUCCAGUUCUUUGGAAACUAUGAGGAGGAGAUAUCAAAAGUCAGGCGCCAACCUCCAAUAUCAGUUCACGAAGCCGAAUUGAAUAAAGAAUUAUUACCGUCCCAAAAACAUGUCCUGCUGCCAGACGUCCUCCAGGAACUCAUCGCGAAGAACAUAAGAUUCACGUCGAUGCGUCAGACGCCGACGUUGACAGUUGAGACGUUGCAGCCAGUGAGAAUUUUUGUCGUUAUGGACAACAUCGAAGUAACCGAUUCGAAUUACGAUCCUCAAUACAGCAGUAUUAACGAUGCUGUGACAUAUAACGUAGCACUAAGACCGAGCAGUCAUCAAGGUUAUGUUUAUCUCCAGCGACUAAACGUAAUGUCGUCCAAACGUGGCCCCACUAACGAAAACGAAUUAGACUUGUCCUCGAUUGCAGAAGAUGGCGACGAAACGUACAGUGACGGCGACAGUAUGUUCAACAUGAAAGUUAAGGGAGGAGAAAAACUAUUAAAUGGCAACGAAGCAGUGCCAUCUACGUCAAAGACAAAGCUAACUCAGUCGCUGUCUAACAUCUACGAAGAGUCAUCUUCGAUUAAUGAGAAACGAUCGAGAUCGCAUACUAACCUGUCAGAAGGAAAAUAUCCGGAAAAAGUGAAAGAACGAGCAGGAAGUUUAUCGACGAGUGAUCUCAGCAAGGUUAAAAGUGCCAAAGGUGACAAGUCAAACACCGACAGUUCGACGAAAUCGAAAAAUCCUCGGCAACAUGGACGCCUAAAGGCGAACAAGAAUGGAAACAGAAGUCCAACAAGUAGUACGAGUUCCGGUUAUCGUUCGGGAAAUUAUGCGGCUGACAGUGACAGCGAUUACGGUUAUGCAGUGAUAACAAAGUUCAGUACGUUAAAGCCUCUGAAAGCUUCGAGUUCUGGAACUGUGACGACAGCCUCGUCGGAAAUUCCUCCUUCCUGUUUUAAGAAGGUUACCUACACUAGGGAUGGUAAGCGUUACAAUCCCAAGAAGGACAAACGGCAGCCUUUGAAUAGUAUGGACCGUCGAAUAAAAGUGGCCUUACGUCAAUACAAUACUGACGUUUGGUACAUGGACAGUUUGGAAUUUAUGCAACACUUUAUCAACGUCUUCAUAAAUCAUCUGUCCCGUGCUCUAGGCUUCGAGGAAGAUGUCGUGAACGAUGCCAAGGUUCAAGGUUCAGUAAUAUUUUGCGAUAAGCUUCAUGUCUUUAAUUACCAAAGAAAUACAAAUUUGGAACCAUACGAGGUAAUACCUUGCGUAAGUGCCCAAUGGCCCAGUAACGCCCAAGAAUGGUUCUACAGGAAUCGUACGACCUGGCCCGCCAAUGAGGUCAUCGAAAGAAUCCGAGAAUUCGGUUGCCACAUCAUACCGGAAGGAUUUAUGCCAAAAAGAGACAACAACGUUAACAGAUCGAUCGAGUGGCAAGUAACGUUUCCGGCUGCUGAACGUUACUUGGAAACAUGCAUGAGCCACGCACAAUUACGCGUCUAUCUGAUCGCUCUGAUGCUUCACAAGACCUUUAUCAGACCUGUCAAUACAAUUUUGGGCCUGACUACGUCACACAUUAGGAAUCAAUUGUUCUGGCUUAUCGAAGAAGACGAGGCAUCCAGGUGGCCUGAGAACAGGACUGGGAAGUAUCUGAUGAAGUUGUUGAAUACGCUGUAUCAAGCAAUCAGUAGGACGGAGCCAUCGUUAUCGGAUUACUUCAUACGCGAUAAGAAUCAUUUUCAAAAUAUACCCAAAGAGCAUUUACUUCACACCCAAAAGCAACUGAAACGGAUUAUUGAGAAUCCCGUUAUGUACGUGUUCUCAGCAAUGGAGAACAUUCGGUACAGUCCGGACUUUUUUCCGAAAGUUGAUUACGAGCAACUUCUUAAUAUAAUGACAGUUGAUGUAUUAACACUCGUUAAUCCAGCAUUGAGUAAGUUCGUCCCAAGACCAGUGUCCAAAGCAGAGUCCACGAACUACGAUAAGGAUUACGAGCAGUCCAUAGGAUUUUGGAAUAACGCCAAAGUAAAAAAUCAGCAAAUUUAUGGACACUCCAAAAAACCGAUAACCAAUCGAACAGUGAUCAAUCCGAAGAAAGCUCACGACCUCAUAAUUGAAAUUCCAAUUACAUGCGGCGAACUCAAGGGACCCAGACUCUGUGCUCUUCUAGAAUUCUUCAUAAGCCACUUUAUCAAAAUGGCCGAGCGUUGCCAUCAGUAUGCAGCUAAUCAACAGAAGCUUGUAUAUCUCAAUCAGGCUAGGAGAUUAUCUAUUUUACUAUCUGAGUAUCCAAGAUAUACGGAUUGCGCUCGAGAUUAUAUUUACAGGAUUAAUUCUUUGAUGAGACGCGUCCCCACCGUUCGUACAAGUCAUAAUGCGCCGGAAACACCAAAAAGAAAUCCGGAUCCUCCAAUAUUCGCCAGACCCAUGAAUCAACGGUUUACUACUGAACUGAAUGACUUUACAGUGACGUUACCAAUGCCGGAAGAGACAAAGGAAUACGAAUUGGAAAGUAUACGGAAUACCUACAAUUAUCAAGCUGGAACAUCCAGAUCAGUCUAUGGGGCUAUUAGCGAGAAGCCAGAGUAUAUGGGUAUAUAUGGCAGUAAGAGCGAGAUGUCAGUCUACGAGCAGCAGAGUGAAGAUAUUUAUGACAAUCAAAUUGGAAGAUUUUCCGCUGAUGAAGCUCGAGCGAAGGAUAUUUAUCUGAGCAAGAGUAUGACGUCACUCUAUGCUGAUGAAAGUGACAAGGGUGUAUAUGGCAGUAAGAAGAAAAAAUAUCCUUUAAGAAGAACCCUUGAGAAGAAUGCUUAUCUUAGCAAGAGUGAAACGUCCAUCUAUGGUGGUGAGACUGUAGCUGAGAAAUAUGGUGGCAAGAAGAAGAAAUCACUGUACGAUAAACUACGCGGAAAGACGUUUUUGGCGAAAAAGAAGAAGAAGGAUGUUCAAAUCGACGGUCCGCAUGGAAAGUUUGGUGAUAUUUAUGGUAGCAAGAGUGAAACAUCUGUCUAUGACGGUAACGAUAGCAAUAUUUAUGCCAAAGGUGGAGAUUCUAUAUACGGUAUACAAAGUGAAUCUGAUACUUAUGGUAGAAAAAUUGAAAAAUCAAUUUAUGGAAGUCAAACGGAUAAUGAGGUCUAUGCUAGUAAAAGUGAAAAAUCGGUUUACAGUGCCUCUACCGGAACAGAUACUUAUGGAGUUAAAAGCAAAGUAUCUAUUUUAAGUAGUCAAAAGAAUAGGGAGAUUUAUGGAAGUAAAGAUAUGGAAUCUAUAUAUGGUAGUCGAGCGGGGCAAGAUAAUUAUGAUGGUAAAAGUGAAAAGUCCGUCUAUGGGAUUACAUCUGAAAAGGAUACUUAUGGCACUAAGAAUAAAAUAUCUGCUGCUAGUAGUCAGGAUGAAGGUGAUGCUAAUGGAAAUAAAAAUGAGGAGUCAAUUUAUGGCAGUCAAACGGGACAAGAAAUUAAUACUGGCAAUAAUGAAAAUUCUGUAUAUGGUACAAGAAGUGAUAAUGAUACUUAUGGUACUAUGAGUGAAAUAUCUACCACUAGUAGUCAGAGAGAAAGUAACAUUUAUGUAAGCAAAGAGAAGGAGUCUGUCUAUGGUGGCCAAGCCGGACAAGAUAUUCAUACUGCCAGGAGUGAAAAGUCUGUCUACAGUGCACGAGGUGGAUAUGAUACUUAUGGUACUACCAGUGGAUUGAGUACUACUAGUAGUCAAAAUGAAAAUAACAGCUGUGGAAGCAAAGAAAAAGAAUCCAUCUAUGGCGGGAGUCAAGAAAUUUAUGCUAGUAGAAGUGAGAAAUCUGUGUACAGUGCAGUGAGCGGAAAUGAUAUUUAUGAUAUUAGAAAGAGAGAAUCUUUCUCUAGUAGUCACAACGAAAGCAGUAUUUAUGGUACUAAAGAACCUAUUUAUAACGGUCAAUUGGAACAAGAAAUUUACAUGUCUAAAAGUCAAAAAUCUAUCUACGAUACAAAAACUGGAAAUAAGACUUAUGAUACUAAAAACGCAGUACCCUUUUCCAAAAUUCAAAGUGACGACAACAUUUACGGAACCAACGACAACGAAUCCAUAUAUGGUGUUCACACGGGACAAGAAAUCGUCAGUACUAAAAGUCAAGAAUCAAUGUAUGGAACCAAAGAAAAAGAAUCCUUGUAUGGUGGUCCAACACAAAAAGAAAUGAACUCGAGUAAAAACGAAAAAUCUAUAACUAGUGGAAAAAUUGAAGAAGAAGGUACAUAUGGAACUAAGGCUGAAGCAGUAGUUCGCAGUAGCCAAGGGUCAAAGGAUAUCUAUGGUGUGAAGAGUGAGAAAAAUCCUAUUUAUGGUAGUAUAACUGAAAAAGAUAUAUAUUCCAGUAAAAACGAAAUGAGUUAUAGUUUUAAAAGCAAAAAAGAAAAUCCAUAUGAUACUGAAACUGAAAAAUCACCAUAUGGCAGUACAAGUGGAAGGGAUUCUUUCAUCAGUAAAAGUGAAGAUUCAGUCUAUGGUGGGAAAACUGGAGAGGAUAUCUAUGGUAGCAGAUCAGACACUUCUAUCUAUGGUGAUCGCAAUAAGACAAAGAUACAGGCUAACAAGAAGAAGUCUUCUGAUAUUUCCAAAAGUGGAGAAGAUAUCUAUGGCAGCAGAAGCGACAGCUCAGUUUCUAGUGUUGGUGAUAAGAGAAACAGUUAUCGUACUAAGGGUAACAAAUCUAUUUAUAGUGGUAAAAGCCAAGAAAAUAUUUAUAACAACACCGAAGUCACUAACGGUGUCCAAGGGAUGACUAAUAUCUAUACCAGCAAACCUGAUGUGAGCAACCAUGAUGCAAAAUCCACAGAAGAAGUAUAUAGUAGCAAAAACCCCAAAUCUAUUUAUGGCAGUCGCAGUAAGCCGGAAGUGCAAGAGAAGAAAAAAGAGAAAAUAUACGAAAAUGCAGCAAAACAAAAAAUAUAUGGCAGUAACACUGGAAAGCACUUGAAUAAUCCAAGUAGUGAUGAUAUCUACACUAGCAGGAAUGACACGUUAAUUAAGAUUGAUGUCUAUGACACUAAUAAAAAUGGAAAAUCUAAGAGCAAUGACAAAACUGAAAAAAGUCAAAAAUUCAAUGACAUAAAAGAUAUUUAUAUAUCUAAAGAAGAAUCGGCAUCUUAAUCUAAUCCAAAGGAUACUUUGUUGAAUGACAGUAUUAAAAUAUAAAAUAUCAACAGGUAUUAGAUAUCGUUGAUAUAUCGUUGAUUGAAUGUAAAAUUCUUAUCCCAAGGUGAAUUCUUAUGGCGACGAUGUAAAUAGAGAAUAGAGAUUAGAAGAAGACAAUUUAAUUCAUGGACAAGUUCUUUGACGACAUGACGGAUCUAGAUUAAUUAUAUUGAAUGUAAUAAUAAAACUGCAAUGAUAGCAAUGACCUUCAAGUAUACAGACGAUCUCGGUCAUUUCUAUUUGUUAAUAAGAACGUAAUUAAGUAAUGAUAUUAUAAUGAACAUCGACUAAAUUAUUUAUCUAGCUCCAAAAAUGCUCUCUCAUUCGUCAAUACGGUAAUAGCCAUUCCGUUGACAGCGCGAGUAACGGUGACAGCGUUUAAAUGAAAAGGAGAUGCAAGUUCUAUUAUGAAACUAAAUUUCAAAUUUCUUCAUUUAGUGAUGAAUCGUCCGAGUUUUAGAUUUUAUUGUUUCUUAACGUUCAUGUAAAUAGUUAUAUGUAAAUAAUUAAAUAUGCGAUAUUUAAUAAUUAUUAUAAAUAUUGUUUAUAUUGUAUAGCUAAUUGCGAAUCACUGCGAAAUAAAAAGUGUAUUA